AUGGCUAGCCCUCCUGUGCUAGCUUUCGAUGCUGAGGGACGUCCGGUGAAGUUUGACACCUGGCUAGAUGACCUGCACCUCUUCCUACAGCUCACUGCCAAGGAGGACAUCUCACUGUACGAUCACGCCCUAGGCCAUGCCACUGCACCUGCUACUACUGCUGACAGCUCUACCCGCUCACAGUGGCAGACUCGUGACGCCCACGCUCGCUUUGCUAUUCGCAACUCCCUGCCGAUAGAUGAGCGCGAGCACUUUGGCCAGCACAAGACUGCACAGGAACUGUACAAAGCUGUCGUUGCCCGCUACUCCUCACCUGCCUCUGCCGCACUAGGCCGUCUCUCGCUUCCCUACCUGUUCCCCGACCUGUCCUCUUUCCACACAGUCGCUGACCUCAUCACGCACCUCCGCACUAGUGAGGCUCGCUUCCGCGCCGCUAUGCCUGAUGAGUUCCUUGCCAAGAACCCCCCCCCGCUCUGGCUCACUCUCUACCACCUAGUCACCCGCCUCCCUGACUCUCUGCGUGCAGUCAGGGAUUCCUUCCUAGCUCGCUGCCCUACUGAGCUCACCAUUGCCCUCCUCGAGAAGGAACUACUUGCAGCUGAGGCUAGCAUAGUCGCUGUAGGUGCCUCUCGUGGCGACCCCCGCACCCCGUUCUUUGAGGGGUGUUCUCCUUCCCCCCUUCUUCCCUCUGUCGCCUCUGCUGCUGCUGUCGACCUCCUUGGUGCUGAGAAGGUUGGGUCUGCGUCUGCUUCGAGCGGACGCCGCAGCGGCAAGGGCAAAGGGGGCAAGGGAGGCGGAGGUGACGGCGGGGGAGGGGGUGGUGGGGGCGAUGGCGGCGGUGGGGGUGGUGGCAGGGCUGGAGGGGCGAGUGGCAGCGGUGGGGGUGGUGGCGGCGGCGGCGGGGGAGGUGGCAGAGGCGGGGGCGGUGGUGGGGGUGGCGGUGGACGCGGCGGCGGCAGGGGUUGGGGUGGUCGAGGAGGUGGGGGCGGAGGUGGUGGUCGUGGAGGCGCUGGCGGUGGCCAGAGCCAGCAGCACACUCCGUCGCCCCAGGAGGUCCGUGAGUGGUACUCUCAGCACGGGGGGGGGGGGGGGGGGGGGGGGCUUUAG